CGUGAGUCAACGGAACAAGGAAUCUCGAGGUCGACAUGAUGAUCGAGAUUACCGUAGAAGCUCGGCGAGGGGAUACGAAAGAGAGAGAGGUUAUAGUAAGGAAGUGGAUGAUGGAUAUGGUAAUUAUCGUGGUUAUGAAAGAGAGAGGAAUCAGAAAAAUUCAAGCAGAAGAAAUGGUGACGAUCGAACCAACGGGAGAAAGAUUAUUGAAUACGAAUUAGAUAACACAGUGCCCGCUGGGGUAACCACCAGUGGUUUUAGGGAUUCUCAAAAUGAAGUUUCUCGCCCAAAAGAUACGAUACCUGUGGAAGAACCUACGGAUAUGGUCAUUGAGGCUGAAGAUGAAGAAGAAAAGUUGAUUGAGGAAAGACGUAAACGUCGUAAUGCAAUUUUAGAAAAAUAUAAAAAUAAAAAUGACGAAACACCCACAUCCAAUGUUGAUAAUGAUACCUCGAUGUCGACAACCACAGAAAUUAUUGAACAGAAGAUGGAGGUGACAGAAAAUCAUUCUUCGGACACACCGUCCGUAAUUUCACCGGUUACUCCACCAAUACUUUCACCAACUUCCUUUUCCCUAACGAAAGUUGAGGCAUCUAUUGAAGAUUUUGUUCCCGGUGAAGAUCAACAAGGAUUUUCCGCCGCAGAUUACGAUCCAACCAAGGAUCGUAUUGCAGACGAUGAGAGACAAUUGCAUCACAAGUCAGCAAAGGAUCUCGAGCUACUUAAAACCAAAGAUGCCCAAGAGUCUGUCGUUCAACAAGAUGAAAAUGAUUCCGAUAU